AUGUUGAUGUGCGAUCAUUUACACCCGCCGGAUCCAUAUAACCAAAUUGUUGAGGCACAGUUACGCGAGACUGGAUUUUAUUAUGUAUCCCAAAUUGGAGUUAUUAAAGGCCAGUCAGCAAUGAUUAAUGCUCUGAUUGAGAGAUGGCGGCCCGAGACUCAUACUUUUCAUUUUCCGGUUGGUGAGUGUGCCGUGACCUUGGAGGAUGUGGCGGUAAUUCUCGGUCUGCCAACAAAUGGUCUUCCGGUUACAGGUCCGACCAUGAGUAGCUUUGAGGCAUUGAAAGCCGAGUGCUUGCACCAAUUUGGAAUUGCACCCAGCAAAAAUGGCUGUAGAGGAAGCUUUAUAAAAUUAACGUGGUUUAGGGGUGUGAGAGAUCGUAUAGUGUUGAAUGAUGAUGUGCACAUGCAGAUGUAUGUAAAGUGUCACAUAAUGUUGUUAUUUGGGAAAAUUCUGUUUGCAGAUAAGUCGGGUGCAGGGGUGCACUGGAAAUUUUUACCUUUGCUCCGCAACUUCGGUGGGAUCAUACAGUUUAGUUGGGGUUCGGCAUGCCUGGCACACUUGUAUAGAUCAUUGUGUAGGGCAACUCGUGUCGACUGCAAGGAGAUGGACGGUCCACUGACACUGUUGGUCAGUUGGGCUUGGAUCCGGCUACCAUUUUUAGCGCCGAUUCCUGGCAAUCCCCGAGUGUUUCCAAUUGCAAACAGGUGGCAUAACUGGGACCGUCAAAACUAUGCCUACCGAUAUAAAACGCUUGCCCACUACAGGAGGUUGUUGGAUGAUCUAGAAGAAGGACAGGCUUAUGGCAUUGGAUACAUCGACCCAGACGUAAUUCCUUUAGCCAUCCGUCAUAAUUCGGUGGUGUGGAGUGCCACAGUGCCACUUAUAUCUUUGAAUGCAUCGAGUGGCAUGCAAUGA